AUGUUGACAAUGCCUAAAGAACCCUCGCCCUGCCAACGAUGUCAUGUAGUCCGUUCAAAAGAGGAGCAUAUUGAAAGACCGGCCACACAGCAUCAACAUAAUUGUGCUCCACCUCCCUGCUCCGUGGGAUCAAAUAAAUCUCCAAGACCGGAAGCCGCUGAUAUUGAAAAAGAGCCGCAACGGUACACUGGACGCCAUCAUCAAGAAGUUCUCAUGCGCUCUUCUCGAUCAUGUGGAGAAUAUGCCGAAGCCACACGACCACCGGUUAUCCAGAAUUUCACAUCAAGCUGUGACAUUGUGGAGAAAACUCCAACAUACUUCACAUCGAGUUGGAGCUAUGAGUGCCAGGAUCAAAAUGCCCAGUCGUCGCCGCCUACAUAA